AUGGCACCAACCUCUGAAUUCACUGUUCUAUUGCCAGCAGCAGUGGUGGCGCUUAUGGUGAUGACGCUGCAGCUCUCGGCUGCAGCAGCAGCCGCCGCCACGGCGCCACCACGGCCACCGGUGAUAGGGCAGCCCGGCUGCGACACUCUCUGUGGCAACGUGAGUGUGCCGUACCCCUUCGGCUUCGGGCCCUCCUCCCGCUGCUACUGGCCGGGGCUCAACCUCACUUGCGACAGGAGGCACAACCCCCCGCGGCUGCUCCUCGGCGACAGUGCCCUCCGAGUCACCGACAUCUCCCUCCGGAAUGCAACCGUGCGUGUCAUGCGCGCCGGUUCCAUUGUGAAUGCAACCGGCGACUCCUCCGGCAGCUGGAACGCCCCAUUUGGCCCCGGCUUCACGGAGAACGGCUACCAGCUGUCAUACAGUAACGAGAUCGUCGUCUCCGGGUGCAACGUGGUCGCGAGGAUUCUCGCGGACAUUAGGGAAAAAACCCCAAGAAUCAUCGGCGGGUGCGCCAGCUUCUGCACCAUAAUCGACCGCGAGGACGGUCCCCUCACAUUAGAUACGACGCGGGAGACGAAAAACAAGUACUGCACCGGCACCGGGGGCUGCUGCCAGGCCUCUGUCUCUGCUAGCGGCACGCCGAAUGCAGUAGAGGCCAAGUGGCUCUACAGUGGAAACCACACAGCGGAGCAGCAUUUGCAGCCGGCGAUAGUGUUCAUCGCGGAGGAGGGGUGGGUCGACAAGAAUGGGCUGCUAGAUGACGAACUCGAGGAGGUUCCCAUUGUCCUCGAGUGGAGCGUCACACAGGGCCUGUCGCAUUGGAACAAUUGUCAUGACGACAUGAGACAACGUGUGCUCUGCAAGAGCGAGCAAAGUCGUUGCUCUUCCGACUCACCAGGCCGCUUUACAUGCCAAUGCGAGGAUGGUUACGACGGCAACCCUUACCUCCUCGGCGGGUGCCAAGAUAUUGAUGAGUGCGAGCUGCCAAGUGAAGAGAAUGGAUGCUUCGGCGACUGUAUCAACACGAUCGGCUCAAUGGAAUGCCGGUGCCCGCAUGGAACUUUUGGAAACCCAGGGAUCAGAGGUGGCUGUGUCAAGAUUAACUCCACUACAGGUUUAAUUAUUGGUUUAUCAGUUGCUAGUGGUGCAGCCCUCCUGCCAAUGGUUCUGGGUAUAAUAUUUGUACGCCGUAAAAUUAAACAGCGCAGGGUAAAAGCAUUGAAACAGAAGUAUUUCAAGCAAAAUCGUGGGCAGUUGUUGCAACAGUUGCUGUCCCAGAAGGCAGACAUUGCAGAAAGGAUGAUCAUACCAGUGGAUGAGCUUGCAAAGGCGACAAAUAACUUCGACAAAGCUCGUGAGAUUGGUGGAGGAGGGCAUGGUACUGUUUACAAAGGAAUUUUAUCGGACCUACAUGUCGUAGCAAUCAAGAAGUCAAAGAUUACAGUCCAAAAAGAAAUAGAUGAGUUCAUAAAUGAGGUAGCAAUCCUCUCACAGAUCAACCAUAAAAAUGUGGUCAAACUCUUUGGAUGUUGCCUUGAGACUGAGGUUCCAUUAUUGGUUUAUGAGUUUAUUUCCAAUGGAACACUUUAUCAUCAUCUCCAUGUUGAAGGACCUAGGUCACUAUCAUGGAGACAUAGGUUGAGGAUUGCAACUGAAAUAGCAUCUUCACUUGCAUACCUUCACUCAACAGUCUUGAACCCAAUAAUCCACAGAGACAUCAAAUCUAGUAAUAUACUUCUUGACGAUAAAUUGAUGGCAAAGGUAUCAGACUUUGGGACUUCAAGGUAUAUUCCGAUGGACAACGAAGGGUUAACUACAAGAAUUCAAGGAACAAGAGGAUAUAUGGAUCCCAUGUGCUUUCAUACCGGCCGCCUCACCGAGAAAAGUGAUGUCUACAGCUUUGGUGUACUUCUUGUGGAGCUUCUCACUAGGAAGAAACCUUUUUCAUAUUUGUCCACCGAAGGUGAUAGGCUUGCUGCCCAUUUUGUCAACUUACUUGCCAAGGGAAAUGUUAUUGAGAUAAUAGACCCACAAGUUAUAGAGGAGGGAGGCGAGGAAAUCCAAGAAGUUGCUGCACUUGCAUCUUCCUGUGUUAACGUAAGAAGUGAGGAAAGGCCAACGAUGCGACAGGUGGAACAUAUACUAGAGGGGCUUUGGGGUUCGAAGAAGUAUAAGAAAGAUGAUACGAACCUAGAGAAAUUCCAGAAACAGGCAGAAGGGCAACGAAAUGAGGAGUCAAGCAGAAGAUACAGUUUGGAGCAGGAAAUGAUGAUGUCUUCCACCUUCCCUCGGUAG